UUUCGCGGCACGGAUUCGCCACAGCGCCGAUCGGCCCGUUAUGCUCGCGAGUGUCGGCCGGACCGCGCGCGACCUGUUGCGACACGCCGCGGCCGACCGUAUUCGUCGGCUCGGUCCUCCGCCGAUCUUGUACACCAGCUUGCUUCGCGUCUCGUUGAACGAAACACCGACGAACAGAGUCCACGGACGAAUCAUCGAUUGCUCGACUCGCUCUGCCGCGCGUUUCGUUUCCACCGUAAAAUGGACGACGGCGCUCGUUCGCGUGGUUUCGCCCGCGUCUGACCAGUGACGGACUCGUACUACUCGGCGGCUAACCGGCGGCACGUCGACGACGGCGUGGCGUCGACGAACUUGGGGAAUCGGAACGGUUUUGCCUCGACCGGCUCGCGAAUGGAUCGGCUCGCGCGGACGGUGCUCGAUUUUUCGCGGCUGUUCGGGAUCGGUCGCGGCGCGGAUCACGGCGAACGGGAACAUCGCGGCGUCGAGGAGAGGACGGAAACGCGGACGAACUGUUUCGCGAGCGGACGACGUCUCGUUUCGGGAUUUCGGACACGGAGCAGCGGGAUCCUAUGAACCGAUACAGUACGAGGAAGAAGAUGAAUAGUUUUUGAGAAUUUUUGCCGUUCGGUCACUCGUGCGAGGAGAGACAUAUUUUUUUAAGCGGUCUGUUCACCGACAAGUACAAGAUGAUAGAGAAGGGAACCAAAAGUGCAACGACAACCUGAGACAAUCGAGAGAAUCGAGCUUAACGACGAUCUUGCGAUAAAUUAGCGACAAUUCUAGAUCGAUAUAGGAGAUACACGUAAUAUCGAGGGCCUACGACGAUGAAUUUCCCAUUGAAGAACAACAUGUUCGCCGCGAACAAGCUGCCGUGGAUGGAGAGCUGGCACUCGUUCAACAUGGAUCUGACGACGUUCCAGCCGAAUUUGCCGCCGUACUCGUUAUUGUACCAUCCGUACAACAAUUUCUCGGUGUCCGCUUAUCAGAACUAUCUCGAUUUCCAUCGGUACAUCCGCUCGAGGCUGACGCUCAAUCCUUAUAGAUCGUUCGAUCAUCGGUUAUGCUGCUGCGGUACGAAGAACGUGUUCUCCUCUGUGUUCGACUCCCCGGUAUCCCUCGGAUCAGCAGGCUCGCCGCUCGGGAUCCAGCCGGCGGACGCUCCUUCACCCAUAAACUUUCCUGCUCCAGGAGAGAGCAUGGCCGACACCUCGACCCUGUCGCCGGAGGCUAACAUGCCGGGCUCGCCGGGCUGCCCCAUGGUCAAAGUGAAAAGCGAGUAUCUGCUAGGCAUCCCGAGUCCGGGGACACCUCGAGAUCCUCUCCGGGGCGGUGGCGCGGCAGCCGGCUUGGAGACCCGGGACACAGGGUGCUCGGACCGUGCGUCGCCCGAUUCAGUCUUCCCGGACGCCAGUUCGAUGGUGGGCUUCAGAGUCGUCGAGGAGCAGCAGCAGCAGCAGCAGCAGCAGCAACAGCAGCAGCAGCAGCAGCAGCAGCACCAUCAUCAACAGCAGCAGCAGCAGCAGCAGCAGCAACGUUCUGGCACCCCGGCGCCAGCCAGAUCGUCGCCUUACUCGCCUAUGCAGGCGGUCUCCACGACUCCAAUGCCCCAGGAAGCGACCUCGAGGAGCGACAGCCCGGACAAGGGCGACCUAUCCUCCGCCCAAACGAAAGAGGAGUCCGACAACUCGGUUUUCGACGGCGGAGGUGGCAGCAGCACCGGCAGCGGCGGAGGCGGCCGUUCCGAGACCUCCAGCCAGCCCAGCCAUCGGAGCAGCCCUUCCUCGCAGUACAACUCGAACCAGAGCAUGAGUCCAAGCGCGAGCACCCAACACGGUGUUCAACAGCAACAACAACAACAGCAGCAGCAGCAACAGCAGCAACAGCAGCAGCAGCAGCAACAACAGCCGCAGACCCCGCCGACGCCACCCAGACCAAGAGCACCCUCGGUGCCGCCUCAUCUCCUGGCUCACCACCAAUUUUGGACGCAGAACUCCGGUGUACAGGGAUUCGCCACCCAAAGGCUACUUAACGGAGUGAUCAGCAGCGCCGUGAACUACGGGCAAAAUGUCGCCGUUGUCUCCACCAGCAGCGGCAACACGAACCUCAGCAACACGGGAUCCGGGGGCAACGGGCCCGCCUCCGGGAACACCUGCACCACCACCACUGUGUCCAUGUGUGAAACGAUGAAGCCUCCGGCGCAGAGGCCGGCGCCGGCGCCCCCCAGACCGCCGCCCACGGUGAUCAUGGGGGAGAUCGGGGGCGUGAGGACGAUGAUAUGGUCCGCGCCGCCCUUGGACCCGGUGCCGCCGCCAGCGGCGUCCUGGACGACCACCGCCGCGGCGGCCUCCUGUUCCUCGUCGGAGGAAUCGGCCGCCCAGCUGCUCCUGAACCUGGGCCAGGAGUCCAGGGGCAAGCCGCCCUCCGUUUCCUACUCGUCCGGGCCGCCUCUCAACAUGGAGAGGUUAUGGGCCGGCGACAUGACGCAACUGCCGGCCGCCCAGCAGAUGCAGGCGUUGAACCUGACCGCUUCCGGGUCCAGUCAGACGUGGGUGAGGAACGGCGGGGUCGUCAAGUCCGAGUCGGCGUCGCAAUCGAUGUCCGUCGCGCCGCCCGCGCCCCCGAUGCCGCCCCAGGAACACGAGGAGGACGAGACGCCUAUGAUAUGCAUGAUCUGCGAGGACAAGGCCACCGGUCUUCACUACGGCAUCAUCACGUGCGAGGGGUGUAAAGGGUUCUUCAAGAGAACCGUCCAAAACAGGCGGGUGUACACCUGCGUGGCAGAAGGUGGCUGCGAAAUCACGAAAGCCCAAAGAAACAGGUGUCAAUACUGUCGCUUUAAAAAGUGCAUUGAACAGGGUAUGGUCCUUCAGGCGGUUCGAGAAGAUCGGAUGCCUGGCGGUAGAAAUUCUGGUGCUGUGUAUAACCUUUACAAGGUGAAAUACAAAAAGCACAAGAAAAGUAACAAAACUAGCGGAGUGGGCGGAAGCAUGGGUGGCAUGGGUGGCGGCGGUAACGUUGGCGGUGUGAACGGGUCGGGAUCCCUCGGUGGCACCAAAGGCACCAUGGGCUCGACGAUGUUGGACAAACACAUGGCCGCGGCCGCGGCCGCGCACCACAGCCAACAGCAACACGCUCAGCUGGCUGGUGGUUUCCUUCAUCAUCACAAAAUUUCGUCGGGCGACCCGCUCAACUCUCAACCUACCCCCAGUCAUCCGAGUCACCCCGCGCAUUCGGGUCACCUCGUCAACGGGACGAUCUUGAAGACGGCGCUCACCAACCCCUCCGAAGUGGUUCAUUUAAGGCAGAGGCUAGACAACGCUGUGAGCAGUUCGAGGGAUCGAGCAUUCCCUUUGGACACGACCCUCGCCAUGAUCCAAACCCUUAUAGACUGCGACGAGUUCCAAGAUAUCGCCACGUUGAGGAACUUGGACGAGCUGCUGGACCAUAAAUCAGACUUAAGUGAGAAGCUGUGUCAGAUAGGAGACAGCAUAGUGUACAAGUUGGUGCAGUGGACCAAAAGGUUACCGUUUUACCUUGAGUUACCGGUCGAAGUUCACACAAGGUUGCUCACCCACAAGUGGCACGAACUGCUGGUGUUGACCACCUCCGCCUACCAAGCGAUGCACGGUCAGCACAAGUUCACCAACGUCGGUGCCGACGGGACGGGAGCGGAUUUUAUGCAAGAAGUUUCGAACAACAUGUAUACGCUACAAACGUGCCUGACCAGCAUGAUGGGCCGGCCGAUAACCAUGGACCAAUUACGGCAGGACGUGGGGCUCAUGGUGGAAAAAAUCACGUACGUCACGCUAAUGUUCAGGAGGGUGAGGCUACGGAUGGAGGAGUACGUCUGUCUGAAAGUAAUCACCAUGCUCUCACAAGAUGCAAAAUCACGUGGAGGUACAAUGGAAUUAGAACAAAUACAAGAACGGUACAUGAGCUGUCUGCGAAGUUUUGUCGAGCACAGCGCGCCCCAACAGCCGACUCGGUUUCACGAUCUUCUCGUCAGGUUGCCGGAAGUACAAUCGGCGGCAGCUCUUCUACUCGAGAGUAAAAUGUUCUACGUUCCUUUCCUAUUGAACUCAGCAAUUCAAAGAUAGUAAAUAAAAAAGCCCAACUGACGAUAAACGAAGCUGACUACCUAUAUACAUACUAUACAUACAAACAUAUAAAUAUAUAUGUACAUGCAUACGCUGGUGUAUCUAUGUAUAUAUUUAUGUAUAUGUAUAAUAUAAUAUAUAAAUUUACACACAACCACCAGAGAGAGGAGAGAAUGUAAUAGAAACCGAUCGAACAAGAAUGCAAACAGAGUCGCGGAAGAACCGACGAAGAAACAGCAGUGACCACUUAUACGGGGGACAUAAUACGGGGGAAAGGCUUUGUUUGCGUAUUGUAUGAUAAUUAUAUAAAAGUACGUUAUAAAUAAUAUAAAUCUGUGUGUUCGUUGCAUUGUACAAAACGAAGAAGGAGGUUUUAAGGAGGGAACGGAGAGAGAGCCGUGUGUGUUGAGAAACGUGAUAAAAAAACGGAGGAAGGGACAAGGGGUGAGCCUGUUAACGGAGGAUGGACGAAACGGAAGAGACGUGGAGAAGAACGAGGAGAGAGAAUCAGAGGAAAAGCGGGAGGUGCGAAGAUUGCGGAGGAUAGAGUAUAAAGAGAGCUCGAGAGACGAGGGGAGGAGGAUAGAAUGCUUUAAACGAGAGAGAAAUAAAUGAAAUUCGAGAAAUAA